GGAGGGAGCUGCGAGUAGGAAGGCAUGGCAGCCAUAAGGAAGAAGCUGGUGAUUGUGGGCGACGGGGCGUGUGGCAAGACUUGUCUCCUCAUCGUCUUUAGCAAAGACCAGUUCCCAGAGGUCUAUGUUCCCACCGUCUUUGAGAACUACGUGGCCGACAUCGAGGUGGACUCCAAGCAGGUAGAACUGGCUCUGUGGGACACGGCUGGGCAAGAGGAUUACGACCGACUGAGACCCCUCUCCUACCCUGACACAGACGUCAUCCUCAUGUGUUUCUCCAUCGACAGCCCCGACAGUUUGGAAAAUAUCCCUGAGAAAUGGACCCCAGAAGUGAAACAUUUCUGCCCCAAUGUGCCAAUAAUCCUGGUGGGAAACAAGAAGGAUCUGCGGAAUGACGAGCACACGCGCCGGGAGUUGGCCAAAAUGAAGCAGGAGCCAGUAAGAGCAGAGGAGGGAAGGGACAUGGCCAAUCGAAUCAGCGCCUUUGGCUACUUGGAGUGCUCUGCCAAGACCAAGGAUGGCGUAAGAGAAGUGUUUGAGAUGGCGACUCGGGCGGCUCUGCAGGCCAAACGUGGGCGCAAGAGGAGCACCUGCCAGUUACUGUGAGGAGAGAAGCCCCAUGCCCUCAUUCUCCCCCUUCCCUGUGCCCUCUCUCUCCGCUGUGGGCUAGGGGAGCUGCGGACUGAGGAGACGCACCAAUAACCAAUCCCUUUCCUGUUCUCAUGGGCAGCGCCAGGCCCCGAGUCCAGCAAAUCACAUCAGUGCCAGGUCUGUAGCAACAGGGGGUUUCUUACAACAGUGCCAUUGUCUAGUGCAGGGCCCCUUCCUCUAAAAGGCGGGGGGGGGAUUAUUUGGCUUUAGAAGGCCCCGCUGUCCUGGGGGUCGGAUUGUACACACGAGAGCGGGACCCCUCGUGAUAUUGGUUAAUUCCACCCCGACCCUGUGCUGGCGAGGGUUAAUCCUGCAGCUCAUGAGAGGGGUGGGGAGGUUUUAUAAUAAUGUUGUCCCUGCUUGAAUGACAUUUUAUUGUCCAUUGUACUCGAGUAUCAACCAAUAAACUUUGUAGCCAUGUUUAGUAA